ACAGCGACAGCAAUGGCGACCCCGGCGAAGCCUCCAGAGGGAGAUGCCGAGAAAAUGGCGGGUCCCUGGUCGAGGAUCAGCGCAGAGACUAUCCAGGUGGAUGAGCAGCUGAAGACUUGGACGUUGGAAGAGCGAUCGCAAUAUCUGGAAAAUCAGGGCAUUGUCACUGCCAAGCAGGAGCAGCUCAGCCGAUUUCUGUCGGAACUCUUGGUCGAGUGCGCCUUACCAGCGCCAUGGCAAUUCUGUCGCGACGAGAACAAGAUCGUCUUCUUCUGGAAUCAAAAUACGAACGAAACGUCCUGGGUUCACCCCUUGGAUUUGACGCUUCGUGAAGUUGCAGCUGUUUUCCUUACCUGUCUUCAGUUGCCGCCGGUGCUUCGCAAUCAGAGCCUGAAUGCUCUCCAGGAAAGCUGGGAGGCCAGCAUUGCAGAGCUUCUUCUUGGCUGGGAACAGGCAGAAGAUGAAGAGGGGCAGAAGUAUUUCCAGAAUGAGAGCAAAGGGGAAUCCAUGUGGGAACAUCCGUCACAGGUUUUUCUACCUAUCCAAAACAUGAAAGAGUACGCGUUGAACCGGAUCAGAGAUUUAGCUUAUCUCGAACAGAUUGGAGCUGUUCCCAGCAAAGGAGGUAGCAAGGAAGUCUACCAGGCCUUGAAGACCUCCAAACUGAAACUCGCCGAGCACAUCUCGAUGUUGUCGCCCACGUCGAAAACAAAGUUGGCCGCUUCCCCUGACACUGAAGAAUCAGAGAUCGUCGUGGAACAGAUUGACUCCAAGGAUUCCCCUGACGCCGCAGCACCUACGUCCGACACCGCGGCGGCAUCACCGCCGACCACUGGGGCAUCCACCAAUACGACCAUGGCAUCCACGGGGGAGCUGAAGAAACCAGCUUCUCGCGAGAGGAAUGGAGCGCAGGCGAGAUCCGUGCUGCGCAUCGCCGGCGACAUUUUGCAAGCGCGCAGUACAGCCCCCCUCCAGAGCCGUCGGCCUUCCCUGCAUCGCAACAACCGGAUGCAGCAGCAACGUCUACUGAGAUCCGCCUCGGAGUCACAAUUGAAGUUCAACUGGUCAGCGCAACCGGUAGAUUUGAAGCAAUCUUUAACGAUGGAAGAGAAAAUUUGGUGGUGGCCCUGUGCCCCAAAACGAUGACGCCUGAGUCUUCGCAGGGAUUGGUCCCAUACGGAACCAACACCCCCUAAAUUUAAUUUAACAUGAACCCAAAAAAUUGGAUGUGGCCACAUGUGG